UCCCAACCGCCACAAUCCUCACACCAAAGCCCAUCAAAGCCCUCCCUCCAGCUAUUCACAAACCAAAGCGAAAGAAUCAAUGAUCGAGAAAAGAGUGGCUUCGGGUUCGGGAGUCCAGAAUAAGAGACCUAUGAGGAAGAACAACAAGAAGAAAUGGCUGCAGAAAGUGUUAGACUAUCUUAAAUCCGAUUCCUACAUGUUUGCUCCCUUAAUUUUUCACCCAACAAAUUCUGCUGCUGCCCCAGGGGUGGAAAUGACAACACCCAUCAAGGAAGACAACAGGACACUGCUAGAGAAGGUGGAGGAGUAUCUGAAAUCUGAUAAUUACAUGUAUGCUCCCUUAAUUAUUACUCAACCGAUGCAUGUUCCUGCUGCUAAGGCUAUCGAAUCUCCUCAGACAGGUUACAUCAAAAGCAUAAGCACAGACAUUUCGACAAGGAAAAUAACUAAGAAAAGCAGCCAACCAACCGAGCAGCAAGCUAGGCAACAAACUCGUAGGCACCGGGUAAUGGUGAAGCAUGUGGUUCACCAAAACUGUCGAUCCUCAGUCUUGUCAGGAAAAUCCCCAAUUAGUUUAAAACCAUGAUAAUUGCAUCCAUCUAUUGUUGUCGUGGAAGGCUGCAAAGAGCACACUGGUUUUGUUCCUUGACACAGGAAAGGGAUGCUCAAGUCACUGCUACAGAUGCUGAUUGUGAAGUUGACCACUAUUGCACUUUUAAGGUACAUUAUUAGAGCCACAACGUCGGAAUCUCAUUGUGGAGAAAGACCACUGUUGCGUCUUUAAUGUACAUUGCUUGGAUGACUAAAAUUCCAUGGGCAAGGGGUACUGAUGUAUGUAUGGUCUUUGGUCAGAGUUCCUACUGUUUUGUGCUCACAUGUCUGCUCUCUUUUAUCUAAUGUAAAUGGGAUCUGAAACCAUUGUUUUGAACUUUUGCUGCUGUUUGUUGUCCUGAGCAUGAAGGAAAAUACAUGUAGUGUUACUGUCCCAAUGGUUUUGAUAUUUUUCGCA